CAGCGAGACCGGAAGUGGGCGGGGAAGGAUCCCGGAAGUCCUGGCAAGAGAAAUAGUCAGAGGACUCAAGCCAGGAUGGACGAUACACUUUUCCAGUUAAAGUUUACAGCCAAGCAGCUGGAGAAGCUUGCCAAGAAGGCCGAAAAGGACUCCAAAACCGAACAAGCCAAAGUCAAAAAGGCUCUUCAGCAGAAGAAUGUGGAAUGCGCCCGUGUCUAUGCGGAGAACGCCAUCCGGAAGAAGAACGAAGGCUUGAACUGGCUCCGCAUGGCUUCCCGAGUCGACGCGGUGGCCUCCAAGGUCCAGACGGCAGUGACCAUGAAGGGGGUGACUAAAAACAUGGCCCAGGUGACCAAGGCCUUGGACAAAGCUCUCAGCUCGAUGGACCUGCAGAAGGUCUCUGCCGUGAUGGACAAGUUUGAGCAGCAGGUGCAGAACUUGGAUGUCCACACUUCGGUGAUGGAGGACUCCAUGAGCUCUGCCACUACGUUGACCACGCCCCAGGAACAAGUGGACAGUCUGAUUGUACAGAUCGCUGAGGAGAACGGGUUGGAAGUCAUGGACCAGCUGAGCCAGCUGCCCGAGGGGGCCUCGGCUGUGGGCGAAAGCUCCGUGCGUUCCCAGGAGGAUCAGCUAUCGCGAAGGUUGGCUGCCUUGCGGAAUUAACACCCUCCCACCCUCAUGGACUGUUGCUUCUGCCUUGUUCACCUAUGAUUUGCAGGGUUGCUGCGGGAGGCUCCCCCGCCUCCCCUCCCUCCUAAUUCUCCUCUUCUGUGGCCAGAAAGAAGAUGGGUCCUUCUGCUCCUCCAGGCCUGCUGUGCUCAGCAGGGGACUUUGCCUCCUCGCAGGGUGAUGGUAUCCACUCUCUAAAGAAGCAGCAACUAGCGGCAAACGUCUGUGCGUGAGCUUGCCUGGGGGGAGGGGGGAGGGGGGGAGGAAGGGCAACUUUCCUGGGACUAUUCCCCCUGCCUCCGCCAUUUCUUCACUUUUCAACCUCCAUCGCCCUCUUGUGUCUGGAGCUCGUUGGAUGAGAGGAACAGGAGCACAUAAUUCAAGCCCACGCAAGAGCGAGAUUUUUGACACGCUUUAAGAGGACCACGACUCUCCCCGGUGCCUCAUGCGUUCGGCGUGGAGUUUGUUUCCCCGAAUAUCAGUUGUUGGCCUCCAUAGCUGCUGUUUUUGGGGGGAUGGGGGAUGGAGACCAGGCCAGUUGGAAGCACAGCGAGCCUGUCAAGGAGGCGGAUGUGUCCGUUCUCCUGGGAGCUGCGUAUCCCUGCUUUGGAUUUACACACUGUUACGUGGCCUUUGGAAACAGGGCUACUUUACUCUCAUUCUCCUCUCCCCCCCUCACACUACUGUCCCCCUAGACCCUCUUCUCUGGCCUUUGCUUUUGUUGGCAUUGUCUUUUCCCUCCAAAGAGCUCUCCCUGGUCGUGGACUGUCUGUUCUGCUUGCCCUGGACUGGCAUACACCUUUCCCAAAAGACACCGCAGCUGGAGGGGAGGUCCUUCACGUACAGAGAUGCUUCGGCCGUUUCCUCCCUUGUCGUAUCGGUGAUGCUUUGGCCUACUUGUUCUGAGGCACCCCUUCACUGAUAUCUCCACCCACCCCCUGCCACCCCCAUGAGACUCAAGACCUCUCUGGGUGGAAACAGCCGGGUUUAACAGGCUGACGGUCAAAUACCGGCAGUGUUGCUUUGGCCCUUCCUAAGUGUGUAAAAAGCCUUCCCCUCACCUGGUGCCCUCCAGAUGUGUUGGACUGCAGUCCCCAUCACUCCCAGCCAGCAUGGCGAUGAUAGGAGCUACAGUCCAUCACAUCUGGAAGGCAGCUGGUUGAGAAAGGCUGGCGUCCAAAAAACAAGAAGUCCCCACUUCAGAGCUCAGUCUUCUCUAAGGCAGAUCUUGGGGUGGCAAGCGGGCAAAUCGUUUGCCUCCACCGCUGUCAUUUAAAAAGGGGGGCGCUUUAUUUUAUUCUCUUUCCUCCCCGCCGCCUCUCGGGGGGGCCUGGCCUUGGGCUAGUGCGGACCCUACUCCUCCAAGCUCCACUUCCUCUAAUAACCCUUCUGGCAAGCCUUUCACGAAGCGGCAGAUUCUCUCUCUCUCUUGGGAAAAUUGUGUUCCGUUGCCUUUUUUCUUUUUAAAAAAAAUUAAAGUGAAUGCUGUCAGUUCUUCGAUGCUGUUUUGAAUAAAUAUAUAUCUUGUUGGAAA